AUGAUUUUAACACCAUAAACUCACAAUUAAACCUUAUCCAAAACCUUUUUUCAGUAAUCACUCCAUAAUUUAUGAUUCGCAAUGACAUUUAUCAGUGUCAUUGAAUGUUUUGAAGAUAUUAAUAAAUUAAAACUUUGUCAUGUUAUCACAUAUAUUUCAGUAAAGUUUCGAUUGUUUCGUAGAUAAUUAGGUAUAUUUUAAAAGUGCAGGUGUGGAGACAGUGAAUCCCGAUAGACCGUUUGAUCAUCCGGUCUUUGGGAUACCGUGGUUAAAGUAAAAUAUUUUGAGAAGAGAUUAAAAGUCAGAGUGUUAUGUUGUUGUGUAGGUGAGUGUAGAAAAGUGAUUAAUAAAUUGUAGUAAGGAAUCUAAAGGUUUAAGUGAAAAGCGUGAGUCGUGCCUGAAACAACGAGCAAUUGAAACACCGUCCUACUCUGAUUUUAUCAUUCAUACAAAAUUGAUUACAGGCUUUUUGUAAUUGCCCUGCCGACUGCCGACUGGUUGAGAUCACAAUUUCAUGCGCAUUGUGCGCAAUGUAUCGCAGGUUCGAUCCCUGCGUAACGCUUGGCUAGCACUCGACUAUCUGCGCGGUCUGGUUAUAAAUACUGUGAAAUUUUGUUAGUGGUGAUAUGUUCUACGUUUCAGAGGCAGCUAGCAUGCUCCAACAAAAUGUUGGAUGGCGUGGGGCGUGUUCACGUUCAGUAGAGACGGGCGCGCGCGGCUGGCGGGGGUGCUGCGUGCGCUGCUCAUCGCCCAGCUCGUGGUCUCCUUGUGCAUGGUCAUCUUCUGCUACAACACGUCCUUGAGGGUCAUGCUCUUGCUUAAGCAUAUACAUAAGGUUACAGUACUCCUCCUAUACGGCCUCAUCCUGUUCCAAGCGUACGGUAUGAAGCUGCACUACACGGGUGGGCUGCGGCUGAUCGCGCUCCUCCUCAAGUGCCCGCACUGGAAGCGCGCCACCAUAGUGAGCAGUGUGUGGAUGCUCAGCGGGACCAUGGUCGCGGCGAAUGGGAUGCUCGUGUAUGCUGCUUGUCGUGGGACAUUAAAGGCUCUAAUGAAGGAAUUAUCUUCAUCAUUACGAAUAGGAAUAUCUCAAUAUCUAACAGAACCAACGUGGAAAGCGCUUAUGGAUACAAUGCAGGUGGAGUUGAGUUGCUGUGGAGCAGACAAACCAACAGACUGGCACGAGAUACCCUGGAUCAAUAUGGACUUCCUCAACGAGGGAUCCGAACUCGUCAUGAAACUGGCGGGCGCGGACGGCAAGGUGCUCCCGCCGGUGUCGCCAUACUCGUGCUGCACGCCGCGCGUGCUGGCGCCCUGCUACCACGACCCCCUGCAACAGUCGGAGUGGCGUGAGGUGUGGUCAGAAGGCUCGCCACUGCUGUCGGCGUCGCUGCACACGCGCGGCUGCGUGGAGGCCGUGCGCGCACCCCUCACGCGCGCGCUGCUAGCCUUGCAGUGCUUCAAUAUGCUUGUCUUCCUCUUCCAGAUACUUAUAGUAGUGCUGACGCAGCUGCUGCGCACGAGUGCGCGCGAGGCGGUGCUGCGCGGCGACUGCACCGGCUCCGGCCGCGGCAUGCUGCUUGGGAACAUGCAGGUGCCGCCGGACCCGCAGCACACAAGUUCAAGUGUGGAGGACCUACUAGGGUCGAGCACGAGCGCGGGCGCGAACACGAACGCGCACGCCGGGCACGUUACGGCCGCGUGGGCCACGCGCCGCGCGCGGCGACACGCGCAUCGCACGCUCAGGACGCGGAGCAGCUAUCCUUACUUAUCUUAGCAUAAUCAGUUGAGGCGUUGCAUGUUGUGCUCUUUUGUGACAGAACGUGUUUGUGCGAUUUUUUUGAACUUUCAUCUCCGUAAGUGGUAUAUGUAGUGAGU